AUGAUGGUUGAGAUUGGGGUUGUGGCGGUGUUGUUCUCUCUGGUGGUGAAGGAUGGAAGGACAGGCAUCGUAGAGGACGCGACAGCGGUGAUCGCGCAGGUGGCUGGGUGCGUGGAGAGCUUGGAAGCGUUUAGAAAGGUAGCGGGCGUUAGGGUCCUGGUAGAUCUAGUGGAUUUGGGGACAGGAGCGAGUGAGAGAUCAAGAGAGAACGCAGCGUCAGCGUUGCUGAAUCUGGUGAUGAGCGGCGGAGAGAGCGCGGUGGGGGAUAUAGCAGAGGUGGAGAUAGCGGAGGAGGUGGUGAGGGAGUUGGCAGAGAAAGGGAGUUUGAGGGCGAAGAGUAAGGCUGGGCCUUUGCUGAAAGCGAUGAACAGUGGACGGAGAGAUCAAUGGUCAUCGUGUCCAAGAAUGUUUGAGGAUCUUGAUUCGCCGGCGGGCGCCGGAGAUCUAAAACAGCCGCCGUCAUCUGCGGUUUCAUUCUAA